AUGAUACGACUGUCCCCGGUCAACAGCUGUGACGGAAACACUCUCCAACCCUGUAACAGGGUCCGCAAAAGGAUCGGUAAUCCGCUCCAGGCCCAACUACACCAGGGUUGCCAUGCAGACAAAAUAUCUUCCAGUCCCCGGGGACCAGAUGGGACAGGGCCAGGGAAUCCCUGCCAAAGCGGAGGCCGUACUACCAAAAUACCAGCAGACAGAGAAACCUGCAGUAAGGCCCUGGGACCAAAACAAAUGGAGGAAACUUGUCAGUGUCUCCAUGACAAUCACCCCUGGAGGGAAGCGUCCAUCGCUGAGCAAAUGGAUCCGUUAGCCAGCUGA